GUUCCACUGGAUUCAACAUACAAAAUCCACUGAGAAUUCAUGACAAGGGUAAAUUGGGGGGGAAAAAAAAUCAUCUGAAAGAAAAGAAUUGCCACUGUUAUUAUUCAUUGUACUGUUAUACCGUUAUUUAGACUUCGUCCAAGGCAAGGGGACUUACAAUAUUAUUGACACUAUGCACUGAUCAAUUUCUGAUAUUUGUUUUACAGUUAACACACAAUUUUACAGAACUGUGUUUACAUCUUUACAUAAAAAGUUGUGUAGUUGUCAAUGCAUUGUUCAGUAUAGCGCCAUUUGUCCUACAUUAUUAAUUAUUGAAAAAAGAUUGCUUAAGGAUUUGUCAUUAUGUUUUUUCUUAACUUGACGACUGAGAAUUGUCGAGACGAGUGCUGUUCAGUUUCACAUUUAGGCAGCAGUUUCACAUUUAACUGGCUUUGUUAUCUUUUCGUCGUCUCAGAGUUCAGUCUUAAAGCGUCGCACCGCUGUCACCCUGCUGUGACACUCCAGUGAACCUGGUGCGUGGUAAUUCCAGCAUGCGUUUGGAUCGCUUUCACCAUUCCUAUGGAGCGCCGCUUCAACAGACGUCACCAGGCGCGUCAGUGCGAACGGAGCUCCGGCUGCACGGUGACGUCACGCACCGCGCGGGCUCUUCCCGAAAGUUGCGUUCGGAGCGGUACCAAGACUGAAGUUCGGCAUACAAGUCUUUUUCAUGAUGAGGAUUAAAUAGCAAAUUUAUGAUGGGGUGAAUUGGCUGGAAACAUCAUCUUAAUCUGAUUAGGAGAUUAAGAUGUUUUCAGAGAUUACUUUAUAAACCAGACUGAUAACAGAGAGAGAAGGAUACUUUGGAAGUUUGCAGGGUUGGAAGACAGAUCACAGUAAGCAGAGAAAAUGCCAGUUAUUAAUGUAGAGGACUUGACGGACAAGGAUAAAGCAAAAAUGGAGGUAGAUCAGCUUAAAAUUGAGGUGAAACUUGAGAGAGCAUUGGUAUCUAAAUGCUGCGAGGAGGUGAGAGAUUAUAUUCAGGGUGGAGUAGAGGAGGAUCCUCUCGUCAAAGGUAUUCCCGAGGAGAAGAAUCCAUUCAAGGAGAAGGGUGGAUGUGUAAUUUCCUAAAGAAGACUGACGACAAAUCUUCAUCUCAGAGUUUAGCCACCUUUAGCACUUGGACACCAUUUAAAUUAAUCAUAGCUGGAACAUCCUCUGUUGACUGAAAGGGAAGAAGGGCAUGAAAAAAUAGCUUUUUCCACCUUGUAACAAAUCCCCAGGAUCCAA